CAAGCGCCAGCACCGGAAGUGACGCGGGCGUUCAGCCAUGGCGGCUGUCAGACCGCUCGGAACCGCCGUUCCUGGGAUGUGACAGGUGGAGACUGCUCGCUUCCUUCCCUCUUUCCCCAGCGUUUCCGCCGUUACCGAGCCAUUCUCCCUGCCUUGGCCGGAUCUAGCAGCCGCCCCGGGAUGAUGCGGACUCCGGGGAUUCUGGGCCUGCGAGGGUUCGUGGCGUUCGCCGCCAAACUGUGGAGCUUCGUGUUAUACCUGCUAAGGAGGCAGGUCCGCACCAUUAUCCAGUAUCAGACUGUGAGGUAUGAUGUUCUCCCUCUCUCCCCGGCCUCCAGGAACAGGCUCAACCAGGUGAAGAGGAAAGUCCUUGUUCUGGAUCUGGAUGAGACCCUCAUCCACUCCCAUCACGAUGGAGUCCUUCGUCCAACAGUCCGUCCGGGAACUCCCCCCGACUUCAUACUUAAGGUUGUUAUAGACAAGCACCCGGUGCGGUUCUUUGUACAUAAACGGCCGCACGUCGACUUCUUCUUGGAGGUGGUCAGUCAGUGGUACGAGCUGGUGGUAUUCACAGCCAGUAUGGAGAUCUACGGCUCAGCGGUGGCAGAUAAACUCGAUAACAACAGGGGGGUCCUUCGAAGAAGAUUUUACAGGCAGCACUGCACGUUGGAGCUGGGCAGUUAUAUUAAGGACCUCUCCGUGGUGCACAGCGACCUCUCCAGCGUGGUGAUUCUAGAUAACUCACCGGGAGCCUACAGGAGUCACCCAGAUAACGCAAUUCCUAUAAAGUCCUGGUUCAGCGACCCCAGCGACACGGCGCUUCUCAACCUCCUGCCGAUGCUGGACGCCCUGAGGUUCACCGCCGACGUUCGCUCCGUUCUGAGCCGGAAUCUUCACCAGCACCGGCUGUGGUGACGACGACCCCCCCCGCCGCCUCCCGGAUGCCCCCCGGCUGGUUUCGCCACGUUAUGCCCCCCUUCCCAGCCGCGGACAGACUUUAACCGCCAAAAAGGACAGAAGAUGCUCAGCGCCCCCCCUCCUCUACCUCUAGGACAUUGCUGUGGGGGGGGGCCGCUGCUGACCAUGAACUUUUAACCCCCCUUCUACCCCGUUUUUCAGGGGCUUGGGGGAGGGGCGCGUGGGGAGGAGGGGGCGCUCUGGUUUUUAAUUGUAGACUUUCUUGUAUAAAGAGAAUUAUUUCAACA